AUGAACACUAUGGAUACCAAGCAACCAUUUGAAUCAUAUGUUGGAGAAAAGCCAUAUUAUCAAAGAUCAAUUCUACAAACAACAUAUGAUCAAAGCAUAAAGAUCUCCGGCGAUGUUUUCAGGGCUUUGGGAUUGAAGAUCAAGAUUCUGAUAACGAUCAUCUUUGGUGGCUUACUAAUUUCGUCUGUAAUCUUCCUAUCAUUCUCAAACAUCUUCAACAAUGAACUUCUUAUAGCUACCAACAACGAGGAAUUCGAAACACCAGGGGAUAAGUUAAUAGGAGGGCUUCUAACAGCGGAUUUCGAUGAACGUUCUUGCGUGAGUAGGUAUCAUCAAUCAUUGUUGUACCGCAAGCCUUCACCGUACAAGCCUUCUGAGUAUCUCGUCUCUAAGCUUAGAAGCUAUGAGAAGCUUCACAAGCGUUGCGGUCCAGGCACAGACUCUUACAGAGAAGCAACCAAGAAUCUUGGUCAUGGUGGUGAGAAGUCUGUUGGUGAAUGCAGAUACAUCGUGUGGGUCGCGGUUUACGGGCUUGGGAACAGGAUACUCACUCUCGCCUCUGUCUUCCUCUACGCUCUCUUGACAGAGAGAGUGGUUCUUGUUGAUCAAAGCAAAGAUAUAAGUGAUCUCUUCUGCGAACCGUUUCCAGGUACUUCAUGGUUACUUCCUCUUGACUUCCCAUUGACGAAACAGAUCGAUGGAUACAACAUGGGUUACUCUCGUUGCUACGGAACAAUGUUGAAUAACCAUGCCAUUAGCGCAAACUCGACACCGCCGCAUCUGUAUCUCCACAUCUUGCAUGAUUCAAGGGAUGAAGACAAGAUGUUCUUCUGCGCAAAGGAUCAAGCUAUGAUCGAUAAGGUCCCUUGGCUGAUUGUCAAAGCCAACGUCUACUUUGUCCCAUCUCUGUGGUUUAAUCCAGCUUUACAAGCCGAGCUUACGAAGAUGUUCCCGCAGAAAGAAGCAUCCUUUCACCUUUUGGGUCGGUAUCUUUUUCACCCGACGAACCAAGUUUGGGGUAUUGUCACUAACUACUACAAUGCUCACUUAGCCAGAGCAGACGAGAGGCUCGGGCUUCAAAUACGGAUUUUCAGCGACCAACCUGGAUAUCUCCAACACGUCAUGGACCAGGUCUUGUCCUGCACGCAAAGAGAGAAGCUUUUACCUCAAGUAGCCACGAAAGAAGGACCGAAAGCUAAUGUGUCGGAAACCCCGAAGCUUAAAGCUGUUCUUGUCACGUCUCUGUAUCCAGAGUACUCUGAUCGGUUAAAGAAAAUGUUUUCGGAACGACCGAGUUCGACGGGAGAGAUAAUCGAAGUUUAUCAGCCAAGUGGAGAAAGGUAUCAGCAGACAGACAAGAAGCUCCACGACCAAAAGGCUCUCGCCGAGAUGUAUCUCCUGAGUUUGACAGACAAGAUUGUUACGAGCGCGAGGUCUACAUUUGGAUACGUUGCUCACAGUCUUGGAGGAUUAAAGCCAUGGCUACUUUAUCAGCCGAAGGAUGCCACAGCUCCUGAUCCGCCAUGUGUUCGAUCUACGUCCAUGGAGCCUUGUCACCUUACUCCUCCUUCUCAUGGAUGCGACGCCGAGUGGGGAACUGACUCGGGAAAAGUUGUUCCUUUCGUAAGGCAUUUUUUCUGUGCUCUUGGUGUGAAGAUGAAGCUCGAGAUAACAACAGUCACUUGCUUAGUACUUUGCUCUGUGAUGUUACUAUCAUUCUUCAUCAUCUUUAAUCGCCAGCUUCUUGAUGCUACAGUCAUCAUCGAUUCAAAGGAUUCCGGAGAACCAGACGAUAAACUGUUACAAGGACUGCUUACUGCAGAUUUUGAUAAUGAUUCUUGUUUGAGUAGGUACCAGUCUUCUUCAUUGUACCGCAAGGCUUCACCUUACAAGCCUUCUCAGUAUCUCGUCUCUAGGCUUAGAAGCUACGAGAUGCUUCACAAGCGUUGCGGUCCAGGCACAUAUGCUUACAAGAGAGCAACAGAGAAGCUUGUUCACGAGGAGAAUCUGAGCACAUCUGUUGGUGAAUGCAGAUACAUCGUGUGGGUUGCUGUUUCUGGACUUGGAAACAGAAUGCUUACUCUGACUUCUGUUUUCCUCUAUGCUCUCUUGACAGAGAGAAUCAUUCUUAUUGACCAACGCAGAGACAUAAGUGAUCUCUUCUGUGAGCCUUUUCCUGGUACUUCCUGGUUACUUCCUCUGGAUUUUCCAUUGACAGAUCAGUUAGAUAGCUUCAACAGGGAAGAUUCGCGUUGUUACGGAACAAUGUUGAAGAAUCAUGCCAUCAACUCGACUAUGGCAGAAAGCAUUCCGUCGUACCUCUGUCUUUAUCUUCUUCACGAUUAUGAGGAUCAUGAUAAGAUGUUCUUCUGUGAAACAGAUCAAAAUCUUAUCAGGCAAGUCCCUUGGUUGGUCUUCAACACAAACCUUUACUUUAUUCCAUCUCUAUGGUUGAUCCCUAGUUUCCAAACCGAACUCAACAAGCUAUUCCCACAGAAAGAAACCGUCUUCCACCAUUUGAGUCGAAGCUCAAGUCACUACACAUCAAGAAACCCGAAACUCAAAGCUGUUCUUGUCACAUCUCUUUACCGAGAGUACUCUGAGAACCUAAGGAGCAUGUACUGGGAAGGCCCGAGUUCGACAGGAGACAUGGUGCAAGUUUACCAACCAAGCCAAGAAAUGUAUCAGCAAACAGACAACAAGCUUCACGACCAAAAGGCACUCGCUGAGAUAUACCUCUUAAGCCUAACUGAUAACCUUGUCACAAGCGACUCAUCAACUUUCGGAUACGUUGCUCAAGGUCUCGGAGGAUUAAAGCCAUGGAUACUCCACAAGCCAAAGAACCACACAGCUCCUGACCCACCAUGUGUUAGAGCCAUGUCGAUGGAGCCAUGUUUCCUCAGAGCUCCGCUCUACGGUUGUCAAGCUAAGACAGUGAAGAACAACCCUUUUGUUAUGUACUGCGAGGAUCGGGUCACGGGGCUUAAGCUAGUUGACUCCGCAGAUGAAUUUUGA